GCUGCUGAGGGCUGAUUUGACUUUCAGAUUCUUUUCUUUGACACUGUUUUGUGGAACAAUUGUUUCGCCUUCCCAUUUCAGACUGCACUGAAAGCAGGCGAGAGCAGAAAGUGGCAGAGAGAGUGGGACAAAAUGCAUGUUCAUUUUACAGUUAAUUGAGAGCUGCCUUCAAUUGUAAUGUGCAGAUGUCGAAAUCUGUACAAAGAGUUGAGGGACUCUAAAACAAGCCGGUUUGUGCUGUAGCUGAGUUGGUGCGUCUUCUGGAAAUGAAAUGUGUCAUAGCAGCAGAGACGCAGCUCGGAACUCGCAUUUGCAGGGAAGCUGAAAAGAAGAAAUGCUUUAUACCGAACUGCUGCUGGAGUUUGCUGAUCUAGCUUUUUCACGCUAAAGGUUAUCAGUAUCUGCAAGUCCACGAGGAAAAUAUUAGUAGUUUCAGUAAUGAGCCUGAAGGGAAUUUGGCUGAAUACCGAAGACUCUGGGAAAUGAAUGAGAUGCAGAAGGUUUGGGGAACUUGAUGUCAUGACGGCAUACUGGACUGUUCUAAAGAUGCACUGCAGGUACUGAUGGCAAGGGGUCCAAUAUGAGUGUAAAUGAUGCUGGAGGAAGACGACGCUUUGAGGACAGUGAGUUCACAUUACACAUAUACCCUGGGAACAUUGCUGAAGGGACUAUCUAUUGCCCCAUUACUGCCAGAAAAACUUCAACAGCUGCUGAGGUGAUAGACUCUCUCAUUAAUAAACUCCAGCUAGACAAAACAAAAUGUUAUGUCCUAGCAGAGGUGAAGGAGUUUGGUGGGGAGGAAUGGAUUCUCAACCCUACGGACUGCCCAGUCCAGCGCAUGAUGUUGUGGCCCCGUAUGGCACUUGAGAACCGACUGAGCGGGGAGGAUUAUCGUUUCCUUCUGCGAGAGAAGAAUCUCGAUGGGUCAAUUCAUUAUGGCAGCCUCCAGUCCUGGUUACGGGUGACGGAAGAGCGUCGCAGGAUGGUGGAACGUGGAUUCCUUCCUCAGCCACCGCAGAAGGACUAUGAUGACCUGUGUAGUUUACCAGACUUAAAUGAGAAAACACUCUUGGAAAAUCUUCGAAACCGCUUUAAGCAGGAAAAAAUUUACACUUAUGUAGGCAGCAUCCUAAUAGUUAUCAAUCCAUUCAAGUUUCUCCCUAUUUACAAUCCGAAGUAUGUCAAAAUGUACGAUAACCAUCAGCUUGGAAAGCUGGAGCCCCAUAUUUAUGCUGUGGCUGAUGUGGCCUACCAUGCAAUGCUUCAGCGCAGGAAGAACCAAUGCAUUGUCAUUUCAGGAGAAAGUGGGUCAGGGAAAACACAGAGCACAAACUUUCUUAUUCAUCACCUCACUGCUCUCAGCCAGAAGGGAUUUGCUAGCGGAGUAGAACAGAUUAUUCUUGGAGCUGGACCAGUGCUUGAGGCAUUUGGAAAUGCAAAGACAGCACAUAACAACAACUCAAGUCGCUUCGGCAAAUUUAUUCAAGUGAAUUACCAGGAGACAGGCACCGUGCGGGGAGCCUAUGUUGAAAAGUAUCUGCUGGAGAAAUCCAGGCUAGUUUAUCAGGAACACAAUGAGCGGAACUACCAUGUGUUUUAUUACCUUCUGGCAGGAGCGAGUGAGGAAGAAAGAUCCGCAUUCCACCUUAAACAACCCGAGGAGUAUCAUUACCUCAAUCAGAUGACAAAGAAACCUCUCAGACAGAGCUGGGAUGAUUAUUACUAUGACUCUGAGCCGGAUUGCUUCUCUGUUGAAGGGGAAGAUUUGAAGCAUGACUUUGAGCGCUUACAGCUGGCCAUGGAGAUGGUGGGGUUUCUUCCCAAGACUCGCAGGCAAAUUUUCUCUCUCUUAUCUGCAAUACUACACCUGGGUAAUAUUUGUUACAAGAAGAAAACGUAUCGGGAUGAUUCUAUAGACAUUUGUAAUCCUGAAGUUCUGCCUGUUGUCUCAGAGCUACUAGAGGUGAAAGAAGAGAUGCUGUUUGAAGCACUGGUUACCAGAAAGACAGUGACAGUGGGGGAGAAGCUCAUUUUACCAUACAAACUAGCAGAGGCCGUGACAGUACGAAAUUCCAUGGCUAAAUCAUUAUACAGUGCUCUGUUUGAUUGGAUAGUUUUUCGAAUUAAUCACGCGCUUUUGAAUGCAAAGGAUGUGGAAGAAAGCACCAAGACAUUGUCCAUCGGGGUACUUGAUAUCUUUGGAUUUGAAGAUUAUGAAAAUAACAGCUUUGAACAAUUCUGCAUUAACUUUGCUAAUGAACGCUUACAGCACUAUUUUAACCAGCACAUCUUUAAACUAGAGCAGGAGGAAUAUAGAGCUGAAGGCAUCAGCUGGCACAACAUAGACUAUAUAGAUAACUCUGGCUGCAUAAACCUCAUCAGCAAGAAACCAACGGGCCUGCUCCACCUGCUGGAUGAGGAAAGCAAUUUUCCACAAGCCACAAACCAGACACUACUGGACAAGUUUAAACGUCAGCACGAGGGGAACUCUUACAUUGAAUUUCCAGCUGUGAUGGAGCCUGCUUUUAUCAUAAAGCACUAUGCUGGAAAAGUGAAAUAUGGCGUGAAGGAUUUCCGGGAGAAAAAUACAGAUCAUAUGCGUCCAGACAUCGUAGCCCUACUGAGAAGCAGCAAGAAUGCCUUCAUCUGUGGGAUGAUAGGGAUUGAUCCAGUGGCUGUAUUCCGCUGGGCAGUCCUCAGAGCUUUUUUCAGGGCUAUGGUCGCUUUUCGAGAAGCUGGAAAACGAUAUAUUGAGAAGAAAACUGGGCAUGAUGAUGCAGUGCCAUGUGCGGUUUUGAAAAGUGUGGAUAGUUUUAGCUUUCUCCAUCACCCAGUCCAUCAGAGGAGCUUAGAGAUCCUGCAGAGAUGCAAGGAGGAGAAGUACAGUAUUACCAGGAAAAGCCCAAGGACACCUCUUUCAGAUCUUCAGGGAGUCAAUACCAUCAAUGAAAGGACUCACCGUGAUGCCUAUGGAGUUGGCUGGAAUGCCAGGAUGGCGAUCCGACAGGGCAGACUCUCCAGUCCUAGUUCCUUCCUAGACAAAGAUGGGAUAUUUGUUAAUUCAACCAACAGCAAGCUACUGGAGAGGGCCCAUGGGAUUCUCAUGCGAAACAAGAACUUCAAAGCUAAACUCAGUCUUCCAAAGCACUUGUUGGAUGUGAAAUCUCUGAAGCACCUAACCAACCUGACCCUGCAUGAUCGCAUUACAAAGUCUCUUCUCCAUCUCCAUAAGAAGAAGAAACCCCCCAGCAUCAGUGCACAGUUUCAGGCAUCGCUUAACAAGUUGAUGGAGACACUUGGUCAAGCAGAGCCUUAUUUUGUCAAGUGCAUUCGAUCUAAUGCUGAAAAGCUCCCUCUGAGAUUCAAUGACAACCUGGUGCUUAGGCAGCUGAGAUACACAGGAAUGCUGGAAACAGUUCGUAUUCGGCAGUCAGGCUACAGCUGCAAAUAUUCCUUCCAGGACUUUGUGGAUCAUUUUCAUGUUCUUCUACCACAAGGAGUCAGCCCAUCUAAGCACAACAUCCUUAACUUCUUCAGGAAAAUAAAGCUCAACUCAGACAAUUACCAGGUUGGGAGAACAAUGGUUUUUAUGAAGGAACAGGAACGCCAGAUUUUACAAGGCCUCCUGCAUGAGGAGGUGCUCCGAAGAAUUACUCUCCUUCAGCACUGGUUCCGCACGAUGCUGUACAGGAGGCAGUUCCUGAACCUGAGACAAGCAGCAGUGAUCAUACAGAGAUGUUGGCGUAGCUAUCAGAAUAGAAAGCAAGCCAAAGCUUCCCUGGUUGACCCCCUUGUUCUCAGCAAUGCAGCAGUCAUUCUCCAGUCCUACUGGCGAGCUUAUGUGGAGAGGCGAAAAUUCUUGCAGAUGCGGGUUGCAGCUUUCAUCAUUCAGAACUGUUGGCGGGAGCACUGUAGGCGCAAGCAUGCUGCAGCCACGUGCAUUCAGGCCGGAUGGCGAGGAUACUGUGCAAAGAGACUCUACAAGGCCAAGAAAAAACGAAUCAUCCUGCUGCAGGCUGCCUGUAGGGGAUACAUAGUACGACAAAGGUUUAGAGCUUUAAAAGAGCAGAGAUUAAAAGAGACACAGCUGGAGAAUGGAUUGUUGGUUACAGAAGAGGAUGGACUGGAAGCAGACAAUGCUUUGAAAAUUAAGGGCUCAGACCCAUCUAAAUGGGAGGAUGGCUCAUUUGAAGAGCGAGUGAGAGCCAUAGAGGAGCAGAAAUCACUGAUAGAAAAUAACCGGGUGAAUCAUACAGAUCCAUUGGAUGGCCCUGAGAAUAUAUUGCACAAAAGGCAUGAGAGGGCCAGCAGCCAAGAUGGUGUGGACAUUGAAGAGGAAAUAGCUGUAAGAGAGAGACCCAAAUCCCUGGAGGAUCUCAACCAGAAAAAAGUGGUCCGCGCAAAAAGAGAAAACCGAAGAAUGCGUGAACUGGAACAGGCAAAAUUUAGCUUGGAGUUGUUGAAAGUUCGUUCUAUUGGAGGAGUGUCUCCCUCCGAGGAGCAUCGGUGGUCCACAGAGCUUGUAUCGGAGCACCCUCAUUCUCCUCAAGGAACCCCAGAGAGUGAAAGCUCUCAGGGGAGCUUAGAGAUGUUAAGCUGUGAGGACACUCAGAGUAAACUUGAUUCCCUAGUUUUAGGUGAGCAAAACGUGCAAUCAGUCUCCACAGAGACCCAGGACUCUUUACUUGGCAGUCCUAAGCAUGAUUUGCAGGACAAAUCUUUCUAUGCAGCAGAUGUGAACAGCAAUUUAUCAGGUAGAAAAAGGACACCUUUGAGCUUGGAAGUAACAGAGAGCCAUGUUUCUACAGAGCGCAUGGUUUCUGAUCCCCAGAACAUUUUCUAUAAGAUACAUCCAAGAGAAUCCUUUAUUUCUAGUAAUCUGCCUACCUUCUACAUGCCACCACAGGACAACCUGAAAAUAAAUCAGUCACUGAUGGAGAAUAAUCUGAGGAACAAACUAAUGGAGAAGGAAGAAAGAUUGGUCAUAUUUCCUGGGGUCAGGAAGGAGACUGAGCCAGACAAGGAAGAACUGGGCACGGCAUUGAAUUCAGAGAGCGGAGCGAAGCCUCCUGUCAAAACAGAGGAAAGCAUAGCUUCGCUUGGACCCGAGGCACAUUCGGCAGACUCUGUUAUCAAAAGGCUGGAAAAGCUGAAUGUGGAGAAGGAGGAGCGACAAAAGCAGCUGCAGCUCCAGAGGGAGAAAGAGAUGAUGGAGCAGAUCCGGCAGCAGAAGGAAAUUCUGGAGAAAGAACGCAAAGCUUUCCAGCAGCUUGAGCGACAAGGGAAGGGGGAGACCUUGCAAAGGACUGAGCCAAACAGGGUCAGGGAGUCCUCUCUCAGGCUACUGAAAAAAACAGCAGAUACCAGGCCUCAGUCUCUCUUCAUCCUGAACCCCCAGAGCAAGGUGGAAUAUUGCCUGGCCCCAACUACAACACCCACUUCGUCAGUAGACAUUAAAGGGCUCACUGUUGCAAAGAAAGGGAGCUCCCCUGCCCAUAGUGUCCAAAAAGACAGGCCUGUCAGCAUGUUCAUGGAGCGAAAAGAAGGUCAACCAGGAAGGACCCAAGAAUCAGCUGGAACAGAUAAAUGGCAUUCGAAACUGGCUGUGGAAUCAAGGGACCUCCCAAGCAGCCAAUUUGGAAGGACAGAGCGCCUCAGGCAGGCCCGAAUCCCAAAUCAGAGCGUUGAUGGCUCUUUUAGCGAGACAAGGUCAAGUGCUAUUUUCUUCACACCGAAAGACAGCCAUUUCAGUCUUCAUUUCAACAAGGAGUCUUCAAAUCAAUGCCUUUCAAAAGAUGAACUACCUAGGAAGCCACUAAAUGUUCCUGGGCCAGGCCGUGGGGAGGUUGCCCGACCGGCCCAUAAAAAGAAAGCCCGCAUGGCGCGGACGCGCUCCGAUUUCUUGACUAGAGGUACUUUUGCAGAUGGGGAGGGGGAUACGGAGGAAGAUGAUUACGAUGACAAUUUUGAGUUCCUUCUCUCCUCUGACCAACCUCCUCACCCUGAGCCAGGGCCUACAGCCAGACUUGGGCAGGCCUGUCACAGUGACUCCGAAAUGAUGUCACAGCGAUUUGCAUCAGGUGAAGGCCAAACCAAACUUCAUAAAACAAUGUCUCAGGGAGAGAUUGGGAAGCUGGCCACUAUUCAGAAGAAUCUAGCUCCAGAUGGCAGGCCUCAACGAACCAAGAUGAAAUUCUGGGCAAAAGGAAAACAGGGAGAGAAAAAAACUCCCAGAGAGAAGCUGGCUACCCAGUCCGAGCUGCUUGAGCUGUAUGCAGAGCAGGAGGCAUCAGGCAGAGAGAUGAUUCCUGGCCUACAGCUUGGAGAAGACCUGGGCCCACAUCAUCUGACACCGCCACGGAGCCCAGAGCUGUCAGGCAUCUACAGAAGGGAAUUCAAGGAGAACAAAGAACCAUCUCCCAAAGUGAAGCGCAAGCGCAGCGUGAAGAUCAGCAAUGUGGCCCUGGAGCCGGUGCAGUGGCAGAAUGAUUCUCUUCAGAUCAUAACCAGUGCCAGUGACUUGAAAAGCAUGGAUGAGUUUCUCCUGAAAAAGAUGAAUGAUUUGGAUAACGAGGACAGCAAAAAGGACACCCUUGUAGAUGUUGUGUUUAAGAAAGCAUUGAAAGAAUUCCGGCAAAAUAUCUUCAGCUUUUACUCAUCAGCUUUGGCGAUGGAUGACGGGAAAAGCAUCCGGUAUAAAGACCUGUAUGCCUUGUUCGAGCAAAUUCUGGAAAAGACCAUGAGGCUUGAACAGAGGGACUGGAGUGAAUCACCUGUCAAAGUCUGGGUCAAUACCUUUAAAGUAUUUCUGGAUGAAUAUAUGAUAGAAUACAAGCCUCUGGAUUAUGCUGCUGUGAAGCCCUCACAGGUGCCAAAAACAGAGAGAAAAAAGAGAAGGAAAAAAGAAGCAGAUGUGGUUGAAGAACAUAAUGGUCACAUCUUUAAGGCAACCCAGUACAGCAUUCCCACUUACUGCGAGUACUGCUCCUCCUUGAUCUGGAUAAUGGACAGAGCUUCUGUUUGUAAAUUAUGUAAGUACGCUUGUCACAAGAAGUGCUGUCUUAAAACUACAACCAAGUGCUCCAAAAAGUACGAUCCAGAACUUUCCUCGCGACAAUUUGGGGUUGAACUCUCCCGGCUGACCAGCGAAGAGCGAGCGGUACCGGUAGUGGUAGAGAAGCUCAUCAACUACAUUGAAAUGCAUGGGCUGUACACUGAAGGCAUUUAUCGGAAGUCUGGUUCCACCAAUAAAAUCAAGGAGCUCCGCCAAGGGCUUGACACAGAUAUUGACAAUGUGAAUCUAGAUGACUACAACAUUCACGUCAUUGCCAGUGUGUUCAAACAGUGGCUGAGAGAUUUGCCUAAUCCUCUCAUGACCUUCGAACUCUAUGAGGAAUUCCUGCGAGCUAUGGGCCUGCAGGAGAGGAAGGAAACCAUUCGAGGUGUGUACUCAGUCAUCGAUCAGCUCUCUCGGACCCACCUCAACACUCUGGAACGCCUUGUCUUUCACCUUGUGAGAAUUGCCCUGCAGGAAGAUACUAAUCGGAUGUCAGCGAAUGCCCUGGCCAUUGUAUUUGCUCCCUGUAUUCUCCGCUGUCCUGAUACCACUGACCCACUGCAGAGCGUUCAGGACAUCAGUAAAACAACCACCUGCGUGGAAUUAAUUGUCGUAGAGCAAAUGAAUAAAUACAGAGCCCGCCUCAAGGACAUCAACAGCCUGGAGUUUGCUGAGAACAAAGCAAAGAGCAGGCUGUCUUUGAUCCGGAGAUCAAUGAAACCUGUACUAAUUGCAGUUAGAUUUAUGAGCAUAACCCGCAAUUCAAUCCCGGGUAAAGGUCGCAUAAGGCGUGGAACCUACACCAGCCCGACUUCUCCUGUUGCAGUACGAUUGCCCUCAGUGUCAGAUGUCCCAGAGGAGACUGUGAGCAGUGAGGAGGCUAUGGAGAUGGAUGUCACAGAGCAGCAGCAGGCAGCCAUGCAGCAGGAGGAGAGGGUGCUGACUGAACAGAUUGAAAGCUUGCAGAAAGAAAAGGAGGAGCUGACUUUUGAGAUGCUCGCGCUGGAGCCCCGAGCCUCUGACGAUGAAACCCUUGAGUCUGAAGCUUCCAUUGGCACUGCCGAUAGCUCUGAAAAUUUGAACUUUGACUCUGAAGGAGCAAUCUCUGACCGAUCAGAGAGAAGUUUAGCACUUAGCUCGCUGAGGCCUGUCAAGACUGAAACCUCAAGCAGGUUGCGAAGGCACCUGAGGAAGCAGCAAGACUCUGUGGACUCAGUAGACUCUUCUGUUUCUUCUUCGUCUCCAACUUCUUCUUGCUUACCUCACAUGACCAGAAAGCGAUUCCAAAUGUACUCCAAGCCACCCUUCUAUCGCGCAGGGUCUUCUGCUGACACCACAGAGGCGAGGCUUGGACUUGAAGGGUCACCAGGGCAGCUCAGGGGUCUGGAAGACAGGCCCCAGUUCACCAGCAGAGGGACAUUCAACCCCGAGAAAGGCAAGCAGAAACUGAAGAAUGUGAAAAACUCACCCCAAAAAACCAAAGAGCUCCCUGAGGGAGCAGCUGGGGCAGGCCGGAAAAGAAACGCUGAAGCAGACUGCAGCAGCACCCAGCAAUUGGUUCUUUUUGGGAACAACGAGUUCAUGGUGUGAGCCAGUUGUCUGAAAUCUCACUAUCAUCGCAGAAAAGCGUGAGCAUCUCACCUAUGGCAUCUUCCCCCUCACCGUCACCGCUGCCACCACCGUUGUAAAGUUGCUGCCAGUUGCCCAUGCAAAACAUUUGCUCACUAAUUGCUUGGGCUUCCAGCCUUUCAUUGCCAGCGCUAAAGGGAGGAGAUGACUAACUCUUAACAAAAAAAGUCUGUUGGGGGACAGUUUCAGCAGUGGCCUUAGCUGUUUUUAAUCGUUUGGAAUUCAAAAACUAUCAGUUUUUGCGGGUUUUUUUUUUUGACUGGCGACUUGAAACGAAAGAAGGGGAACUGGGGGAGGAAUUGGUGGUGAGCUCUGGUUUGCUUCCCACCUGCCUUUGCCAUUCUGAACCGAGGAAACGGACAUCGGGAAGAGAAGCUGCCAUAAACCACCCACAGGAUAUCACAGUUGGAAGAGCUGGUCCGGGCCUGUUUUGACUCAUUUGGUGAAAGUUGCAGACUUUUUGGUUUGUGUUGUUACGCUGGGAAGAAGCAUACACUCCUCACAAGGAACCACAGACUGAUUCUUUGUUCAGAGCUAUUUAUAAUGCACUCCACGUUGUUGUCAGGUGAUAAAAAGAAAAAGCUAUCAUUUCCAUUCAAGCAAUUGGAGCAUGUCUCAAAGCACCCACCACGUAAACCUGCAAUGAAAAGAGUAAUUUUUUUAUUUUAUUUUUUACUUUGGUUUAUUUUGUUGGUGAUGAGAGAGCAGAACAAAAUCAAUGCCAAUUUGACUUCUGGUUAGGUAAAGCCAAAAAUGUGCCGAAUUUUGCAUAGCCAUAACUAGUCCUGUGAUUGUGGCACAGAACAGGGUUUCUAAUGAGCAAAAGGAAUCGUUAGUAAUACAAAUCUGGCAUGUUACAGCAGCCUCACAGUCCUGUAGGGCUGCCUGCUUUUAUACAGCAAACAAGUGAACAGUGGCACCUGAGCUUAACAGUUCCACCAGUGGACAGGAACGACUCAGUCACGUGGCAAAACUCACGCGGCCAAAACCUCACUGUUUUAACAGCAUUGUAAAAGCAAAUGCAUGGAGAAGUGUUAAGGAUAUCUGCCAAAAGUAAUCUUUUGUUUAAAAAUGUGAUCUAACCAACUUUCUUCUCUCUUUCUCAGACCAUCAGUAUUAAAAAAGAAAGGAAAAAAAAAUCAAGGACUACUUGAAGCUAUUUUUGUUUAUAUUAUGGUUACUGAAGUUCACUGUAAAUAUAAUUUUUAUAGGUUUUUUUUUUAAUAUUUGUCCCCAGGCAGAAUGUAUUUGCCAGGAGGAGGACAGAGGGGGGGGAGGUGCUGUAGAACUAGAACCUAGCACUCCAGCAGAGAAAGCAAAGCAACCAUUUUUUUGCCACAGUGCGUCACCAAGCUCCUGUGGAUUGGUCUUCAAGCAUCUGAGAGAUUAGCAGCCUUAGAGCACACGGGGACCUGAGUGUCUUCACCUCUCACUGCAAACCUGACACCCGCCGUCCAGGCAAGCGUGGGAGAAAUGUUUGUUUUAAAUAGGUCCUGUUAGAUCUCCCACAGUAAGAGAGACAGUGUCUUUCUGUAGAGACUGUAGUCGAAAAUAAUCCAUUGGUGCUAGGCGGGUCACUCAUUGCAUCGUUCUGUGAGUUGCCACCAGCACAGAUGUUGCUAUUAAAUCUUGCAAAAAUUUGAGUCAUGAGGCUUAGAGGCACUGUCCAUAAUGCAACUAGUUACUGAGUCCUGUUCACUGACUCAUAACUUAAAAGUAGAUGUCCUAGCCUGUGAACACACAUUCCAGUCUGUGUCCUUAGGCCCACAUAUGCAGCCCAAGGCCCAGAAUACCAUUCAUGGCAGUGGUUACAGCUGUCUUGGUUCUCCAGAUCAACAGUUGAGCUAUGUUAGAACAGCAACACAGGCAUGUGUGCUUGACAGCUUGUUAUCUCACCUGCACCCAAGGGAAAGGGGCAGCAGUACUGGGAAUUUCAUGGUUUGGUUGGGUAAUGUUUCCUUCUUGCUUCCUGAACUUGAAAUUAGGACUGUUCUGCAACUCUCAGCAACUGCUGUCCCCCCCCCCCCCUUGCCUUCCUUGACCUGAAUUGCAGGACAGCUUUGCAUCCCAACUCAAAAACUGCAUGGUUCAGUUCA